AUGCUAUAUAUGGAUGUAGAAAAAGAUAAAAUAAUGGUAAAUGAAGAGUUCGAAAAAAGUAAAGGAGAACCCAUGAAUCCCGAUGCUAACGCCAAUUUUUCAAUCGAAUUUGAAGAAUUUAAAAGAAAUGAUCAAACGAAGAGAGGCUUUUUGUUAAGGGAUGAUUUGAAAACGACUUUAUAUAUUCCCAAAUUUAAUGAUGUGACUAUCAAGUGUCAAGAUGGGAUAAUACUUUACACGUCGAAAGCAAUUUUAGCAAGCCGUAGUAAAUAUUUUUAUUUUAUAAUUGAUAAAGGAUAUUAUGAUAAACGUAAUAAUCAAAUAGAAUUUGAAGACAUUGAAUCUAAAGAAAUGAAGAGUGUUUUAGAAUAUUUGUACACGACUAGCAUCGGUGAUGAUGAUGAUAAUUUGAUAUUGGAUGAAACUAAUUUUGAGAAUAAAUCAUUUUUAAAUGACUCAAGAUUUACAAAUUUAAUUUCCAAAGAAGAAAAAAUUAAGGAUCAACUUAAAAUUUUAUUAUCAUCAGUUUACUUGGAAUUGGUCAAGUUGGAUGAUCUAAUCAAAUAUAUUGAGGGUUUAAAUAUUUUCACAGCAGAGCAAUUAUCUGAAGCCUAUAAACAAUUUGCAACCAACAAAAAUAUCGAUGUGGAGAUUCGCGGUACUCCAUAUUUCAGAUGGAAAUCGCCUAAUCGCAAAGUUUUCAAAAUUCCAGAAUCUUACGAUGGUUUAUAUGCUGAAAACACUGUUGGAUUUUUUCCAAGUUGCCUCUCGACUGAUAUUCCACUCUCAGGAAAAAGGUCCUUUGAAUGGAAAAUUAAAAUUGAGAAAUGCGCAGUACAUAAUAUUGUGAUUGGAAUUUGUGAUCAAAUAUGUAAUAAAUGUUGUAUUGAUAAUAAUCAUGACAAGUUGGGGAAUAGUUGGGGAUUAUGUACCGAUGUAAUUAAUGUUUAUGAUGAAGCGAUGAAUUGGAAGACGAUGAUUGCGUCAACUGCUAAUUGUACGACACCACAAAGAACAAACUGGAAAGGAGCAAAAGUGUAG